CGCGCCUCUUCGGGCCUGCGUAGGAGCGGAAGGUCGUCCCUGUGACCGGCUCGGUGUUUGGAGCGGCUGUCGCCAUGUUGUCGAUCGCUGCCCGCUCGGGCCCAUUCGCGCCCGUCCUGUCGGCCACGUCCCGCGGGGUGGCGGGCGCGCUGCGGCCCCUGGUGCAAGCCGCGGUGCCCGCCACCCCGGAGCCUCCUGUUCUGGACGUGAAGCGACCCUUCCUGUCCCGAGAGUCGCUGAGUGGCCAGGCCGCGACCCGGCCUUUGGUCGCCACGGUGGGCCUCAACGUUCCUGCUUUUGUUCGUUAUUCCCAUACAGAUGUCAAGGUGCCCGACUUCUCUGAUUACCGUCGUGCUGAUGUUCUAGAUAGCACAAAGUCUUCUAAAGAGAGCAGUGAGGCUAGAAAAGGCUUCUCGUACCUGGUAACUGCAACUGCUACUGUGGGCGUUGCGUACGCUGCCAAGAAUGUGGUCACCCAGUUCGUUUCCAGCAUGAGCGCUUCUGCUGAUGUACUGGCCAUGUCGAAGAUCGAGAUCAAGUUGUCUGAUAUUCCAGAAGGAAAGAACAUGGCUUUCAAGUGGAGAGGCAAACCUCUGUUUGUGCGCCAUAGAACCCAGAAGGAGAUUGCCCAGGAAGCUGCAGUUGAAGUGUCCCAGUUGAGGGAUCCCCAGCAUGAUUUAGAGAGAGUAAAGAAACCUGAAUGGGUUAUUCUGAUAGGUGUCUGCACUCAUCUUGGUUGUGUGCCCAUUGCAAACGCAGGAGAUUUCGGUGGCUAUUAUUGCCCAUGCCAUGGGUCACACUAUGAUGCCUCUGGCAGGAUCAGGAGGGGGCCUGCGCCUCUCAACCUGGAAGUGCCUACCUAUGAGUUCACCAGUGAUGAUGUAGUUGUUGUGGGGUAGACACUGGACUCAGGCCUAGGCUUCUUUCAGUCUUUCUGUCCCCUCAGAAGAAUUGAGAGCAAGCCUUGUGUACUUCUAGGUUGGUUGAUUUAAAAUAUUUAAGAUGUGAAUAAUGUAUUGGCAAACAUUAAUGUGAAGUAAUUGAAUUCACUCUUAAAUAUUGUCAAGCAUUAUCGUAAUAAAGCCACUGUUGAACAUCAUUAAAUUCAGUUACAGACUUGAAAGGUACAAUGUCUUUGAUAGCUAAUUCUAAUAAAACAUUACAGAUUGUUGUACAAGA